UUUUAAAAAAAUUUUUUUAUCAUGAAAACAGAAGAAUUUUCUUUUAUUAGUAAAGAUACUUUUAAUAAAUUUAUUGAUAAAUUUAUACAAAACAGUAAAUCUAAAACAUCCGAAAAGCAAUUUAUAAAUAGACGCCUUUAUGAUGAAAUAAAAAAGUUCUUUUAGAUCCUGUUUCUACAUUAUGGAAUGCAGACUUUCGUUAUUGGUGUAGAAAGAAUUUCAUUUUAUUAAAUACUGGAGGUGAUUCUAUUGUAUGUAAAAAUAAUAAUAAAAGAACAAAAGCAGCUUUAGAUAAAGAAGGUAAAUCUGCUUAUUUUUUACCAAUAUUAGUCUUAGAAGAAAUGUAUAAAACAAUUUGUUUGGAACAUGUACAAAAUGUUCAUUGUGGACAAAAAAAUUUGUAUAAAAAAUUAAGAAGCAAAUGGUAUGGGGUAAAAAAGAAAAUUAUAGAGGAGUUUGUGAAUCAUUGUGAAUUAUGUGUACCACGCAGAACUAUGUCCAAAUCCACCUUAGCAGCAAGACCUAUAGUUGCAAAAAGAUUUCUUUCGAGAGUACAGAUGCUAAUAAUUUUAAUGAAAAUUCUGAUGAUUUUAACGAAGAUUCUAAUAAUCUUACUGAAGAUUCUGAUGAUUUUAACGAAGAUUCUGAUGAUUUUGAUGAAAAUUCUGAAGAUUUUAGCGAUCUUAAUAGCAAUUUUAACAAAAAUAAAAAUAUUAAGAAGCAACCUAAACCUAAGCGAGUAUCUAAUGUUGAUUCAAGUACAUUAUUUCAAUUAAAACCUCCACAAAUUAAUAAUAUCACUUGGGAAGAAAUUAAUGCAUCAUGGGAAGGUAUGUUUGUAUAUAUUAAUAAAUUAAGAUUAGGCGUAAUGAAAAGAGACAUCUUAGCAUUUUUACGUGAUUUAAAAGUAAUGCGCGAAACAAACUCAUUUGAUAAUAUUUUAUUAAAUAUUUGGGAAAAAAAAUUCAACAAGUGGCUUUAUGAACUAGAUAAUUCUGAAACAAUGAAGCUUCAACAUCUUCAACAUCACAUAAAGAAACUAUAUCAUCUCAUGAUUAUAUUCGCGAUGAUGCAAAAAUGAAUAACUAAAAAUAUAGAGAUGAUAUGAAAAUAUUAAUGGAGAAA